UUUCAAAGAUGCCUGGAAUAUUUUUGACUGUGUCACAGUCCUGGGCAGCGUUACCGACAUCCUGGUUACGGAGCUUGGGAUGAAUAAUUUCAUCAACCUGAGUUUCCUGAGGCUGUUCAGGGCAGCUCGUCUCAUCAAGCUGCUGAGGCAGGGAGAAACCAUUCGCAUCCUGCUCUGGACCUUCGUUCAGUCCUUCAAGGCGCUGCCUUAUGUCUGCCUCCUCAUCGCCAUGCUGUUCUUCAUUUACGCCAUCAUUGGCAUGCAGCUGUUUGGGAAUAUCGCUAUUGAUGAAGAAGGAGAGAGUGCCAUCAACCCGCACAACAACUUCCAGACCUUCGUAAUGGCUCUCAUGCUGCUCUUCAGGAGUGCGACGGGGGAGGCGUGGCAUGAGAUCAUGCUGUCGUGUCUGGGGAGCAAGGAGUGCGACCCCCUGACAGGAAAUCCAGAGCCAGAGUGUGGCAGCCAGUUUGCUUACCUCUACUUUGUCUCUUUCAUCUUCUUCUGUUCAUUCUUGAUGCUGAAUCUGUUUGUCGCCGUCAUCAUGGACAACUUUGAGUACCUGACGCGAGAUUCCUCCAUUCUGGGACCUCACCACCUGGAUGAGUAUGUCAGGAUAUGGGCCGAGUAUGACCCUGCUGCCUGCGGGCGCAUUCAUUAUAAGGACAUGUACAGUUUAUUGCGAGUUAUCGACCCGCCUCUCGGCUUAGGAAAGAAAUGCCCCCAUAGGGUGGCCUGCAAGAGACUGCUCCGUAUGGAUCUGCCUGUUGCCGAUGACAACACGGUCCACUUCAACUCCACUCUCAUGGCCUUGAUCCGCACGGCACUGGACAUCAAGAUCGCCAAGGGUGCAGAAGGUGGGGUUGACAAGCACCAGAUGGACGCCGAGCUGAGGAAAGAGAUGAUGGCGAUCUGGCCCAACCUCUCGCAGAAGACUCUAGAUUUGCUGGUUACGCCGCACAAGUCCACAGACCUGACAGUUGGGAAAAUCUAUGCUGCCAUGAUGAUCAUGGAGUACUACCGGCAGAGCAAGAUCAAGCGCUCCCAGGCUCUUCGUGAUGAGCAGAAUCGAACGCCAUUACUGUUUCAGCGCGUGGAGCCACCUUCCCCAGGCCAGGAAGGGGGUCCGGGACUUAACAACGCCCUCCCUCCACCUGAGACGACAGAGGCGGUCAACGGCUUAACGGUACAGGGGGGGAUCCCGGCGAGCCAAUCGUGGGUGACGGCUCGUGCUCAGGAGAUGUCCCAAAAAGCCGGCAGCUGGAGCCCUGAGGGACACCCUGAGGACAGCCUGGGGAGCAUGAGCAACUCUCAGACGGUAGAGAUGAGAGAGAUGGGGCAGGAUGGUUACUCGGAUACUGAGCACUUUCCACCAAUGGAAGGCCAUGGCAGGGCCGCUUCCAUGCCCCGCCUCCCAGGCGACAACCAACCCAUAAAUGACAGCAGUCCCAUGAAGCGCUCGGCCUCGUCGCUGGGCCACAGCAGGUCCGGCAGGGUUCACAGAGACAAAGGAGACGACUACAACAUGGAGUGUGUGCCUGAGGAGGAGAGGACUUCCCGGCAUGGACACCGGCGAAAAGACCGGGGUCACCGGGCCUCUGAGAGGUCGCUCUGCCGCUACACAGAGGCUGACACAGGCCUGGGCACGGAGCUGAGCACGACCACGCAGUCCGGGGACCUCACGUCCAAAGACAAGGACCGCGACAGAGACCGCGGCCGGUCCAAAGACCGUAAGCACCACCACCACCAUCACCACCACCACGGCUCCGUGGACAAGGAGCGCUAUGUAGCAGAGCGAGGGGGCGAGUACGGACACAGGCACUCUCGCGAAAGAGAGCUUGAGGACAGGGACAGGGAGAGAGAGAGGGACCGGCGCUGGUCUCGAUCGCCCAGCGAGGGUCGUGAGGGUCACGAGGGACACGAGGGACACGAGGGUCGGGACGGCUUGACGCACAGACAGGGCAGUAGUUCGGUCAGUGGAAGUCCCGUCCCCUCUACGUCGGGGACCAGUACGCCACGUCGCGGCCGCCGACAGUUGCCUCAGACCCCCGCAACCCCCCGGCCCCAUGUCACCUACUCCCCUGUGGUCCGUAAGGCCAUGCCCGCAGCACCUGGGGGGCCACAGGGCCGCCCCCCCGCUCCUGCCCCUCGGCACUUUUCUCCCGAGCCUCCUCAAGGCCAGGGCCCCCCCCCCUCUGUCCUCCCUCCAGCCCACCAUGGCAUAUCCCGCCAGGGUCAUCACCCCCCGCCUCGCUGGGGGGACACGGAUGGAGGAGGGGGCUCCACGGAAGGGGACGGCUGCUUCUACAACCAGGACUAUGACCCCCACCAUGAACCCCCUGCUUACGAGCAGAACCCCAUGCAGGGUGGCAACCCGCACCCCCACCCUCAACCUCAUGCCCUGGCCAACCACCCACUGCCGCCUCCCCCACAACAACAGCAACAUAACCCCCAUCCACUGCCUCCACCCCAGCCCCACCCAGUAAACAACCCCCACCCUCAUCCCCCGCCCCACCAGCAGCCCAGUCGCACCUCCCCCAGGACUGUCGGCCAUGCACCUCCCCCCACCACGGCCCUGACGGGGCCUGUGCAGGGCCAGAUGCAGCCUGCUGUCCAGCGGCGCCUGCCCAACGGAUACCGCUCUUCAUCUCCGUCCAAACAUAUCCAUGGACCCCCACACACGGGGCCUCACAAGGUCCCCCCUCCACCCGGGCAUCCCAAAGGUCCCCGCAAGGGCCUGCAUGAACCCUACAGUGAGAAGGAGGACGACGACUGGUGCUAGCCUCUGGGGAUGGGGGAGGGGCGUACGGAGGAAUAACUGAUAGAUGGACGGAAAAAUGGAAACGGGAAGCUCCGAGCGAGAGCUCUGACUGCCAAGGGAAACCAUGAUUCCUUCUUUCUUGCCUGUUCAAUUUUUUUCUCCCCUCCACUGCUUGGCAUGUCCCAGUGAUGCUGGGCUGGGUGGAGGGAAAGGUGUCAGGAUGAAGGGGUGGAACAACAAUGCAGAGGCAGGACCAGUAGAAGUGGAACACCACCUCCACGUUCUGCUCGCAUUGUUGUAGCAUUCAUUUGUUGAUGCCAAAUAAGACCAACCUCAAACUGCAGGAUGCAAGCAGCCGGGGUGACUACACUAGUCUGUGUGUGUCUUAAAUUCUGCCUCCGGCAACGAUCUACAGCCACUUACAAGAUGUCAAGAGUUGCGACUCGACAAAAGACACUUUACAGUCAGAGACAAAAGAACGACCACUGUUUUGUUUUUGUUUGCUUCUCAAAGCCAACUUCAGUUAAGUUAGCUGCAAAAAGAAUCAAACCCAACCCUCCCAGCCACAAGUUGAAUAUUGAUGAGUUUUAUCAUCUGUGUUUUUAAAUAAGAACCAAACUGACAAUGAGCCCUCCACCUGUGUGAGGUGAGGAGGCUGCGUGGGUGGGAGAGUUGGGGAUUGUUGCACGGGGGUGGGGGGUUGACGAGUCCCUGGUCAAAAUGUAGAGGAAAGGAUGGGUGUGUUUGGGAUGUUUCCUCCUCCCAGAAACAAACAAUUGAACAAACCUCAACCCAUGACCUAUGAGAGAAGAAAAACAAAAGCGUGGAGAUGGGUUUCAGAAACGAAAAACAAACCAAUAACUGUUUUCUGCAGUAUUUCUUCUUCUAUUCCUGCUUCUUCUUCCUCCUUCUCUUCUACUUCUUCAGAACAUUGAAGCUUGAAUCUUCUGUUGCACCCAACACAGCUUCGUUUUUUAGACUUGCGGAGUUGUACACCCUGUGGAAUCCUGCAUGAAUGAUACAAAAAAUAAUAAUAAUAGCAACAAUGAGAAUCUACUGUAUGUGGGGGGGGACUCUACUUGGUCCUUUCUGUUGUGGUCUGCAGGGUUUCUCUUUUUUUUUGGAAGUAAAAAUGCCUUUCUGUUUCUCUCUGUCUCCUCUGUAUGACCUUACUCUUCCUGUACCUUCAUUUACACUGAAAUCAAGUGAACGAAGGCUAUAGGGAGAUUUGAUAGUUACUGUAUGUUUAUCCAGAAGGAACACAAUUAUUACUUUUUGCUUGCUUGUCUGUAUGUCCUGUGUCAGAUGCCUGCCACUGAUACAGAUGGAAUUGCACAUACUUUUUUUGUGGAAGUAACUUUUUGUAACUACGCUGAUAAAAACGAUAUAACGGGAAGCAGGGUAACGUUGAUAAGAGAUGUGGGGUCCAAUAUUGGUGAACAAGUCAGUAACAUCUCAAAGUCUUCCAGGGUUUGGGCUUCAAAAAACAUGCGAGAGGAGGAGACCAAUAGAAAGGCGAGGGAAAGGAGAGAAACUCUUCAUCUUUGUUUUCUUUUGUUAUCGACCGUCAUGAUGGACAAUCUGAUGAUAUAGUGACUUCUAAUGAUCAUGUCGAUCGUGAUAAUGAGACAGAUUCUCCAUUUUGGGUCUGUUUUUUUCUGUUCUGUUUGAUUUUGAGCUCAGCUAAUCAUUUUUCCAACCCUAAGGUGGAGCUCUAACCCACAGUUGCAUCGUGGGAGAAUGAGUCUGCAGGUGGGAAAAUAUGAGUUUGUCACUAUAUAGAAUUUUAACCGUGGGUUCGUUUGAUUUAGAGCGCCAAAACAGAGAAUUGGCCAAACACAGCAGUAGCCUCCAGGUUUCUGCAGUGAAAUAAAAAUAAGUCUCCUGCUGAUGCGAAAGAGUUCCACCACCGCUUGUGACCUUCCGGUGGCGCUGUAUGACAGUAUGUUUUUUUUUUUACCUCUCCUUUGACUUCAUUUCUGAUUCGGAGUCGAUGCACCAAGUAUACAGUUUAGCUCAUUCUCUCACUCGUGUUGCACAGUGCAGGCGGGUUGGAGAAAAGAUGUGUGGGCCUCGUCAUGGUCCCUGAAAACAUCUAUGUUCUGUGUGUAACCACUCCUGUAUAUCUUUAAUUUAUUUCUUUGUGUUUCUCUGUGUGCCUCAAACUAACACGUGUCACUAAUGCACACCACUGUCAGCCCCAACAUUGUUAUUAUUAUUAUUAUUAUUCUGUUCAUUCAUUUAACGUUUUUUAACCUGGAGGCCUAUCACAUGUUGACCAGAGAAUGCACCGAAAAAAUUGAAAAGAAAAAAACUGCCUAUUAGUGUCUUUCCAACCUCAGUGGAAUGUCACAGACAAGUAUUUUUUCACAUCACUACACGUAAAAUCAGAAAGCACACUAAGUAUGUAGCUCCUGGUUGUGGUGUGUGUGUGUAAGUGGGUUUUUUGCGUGUGUGUGUGUGUACAUGAGUGAGUGUGUUUCAGAUCAAAUGUUUGAUGUUUUGUUUUUGUGCUUGCUUUGCUUUCUAUUCUUUGUCUCCAGAAAUCCUUUAAAAAAAUAUUUUAGUCAAAUCAUUGUAUCAAAUUUCCGACUCUGUUUGUGUGCAUAUGUGUGUGCGUGUGUGUGUGUGCAUGUGAUGUCAGUAAACCCCUGAAUGAAACAGGCAUAGCCCCAAACAUUCACCAUCCAUCUUUGUGUCUAUGCUGCAGUGAAAUCCACUAACACGCUGAUUAACCACACAAAGUCUUCAAAAAGCAAUGUAAAGCCGCUACUGAGAAAAAAAGAGUUUUUUAAGUACAAAAGGU